AUGGAGGGAGAUUCCCCACUUCUAGUAAAAUAUGAACGUGACAGAUUAUUAUAUACAGUCUAUGGGCUUUGGGACCCGGUUGAAAUAGCAAAAAUUAUAAGUAUAUUAGAAAGAAUAAAUUCACCAUAUCUUCUUCAGUACAGAAAUUGGAGAUACCAACAACCAGAGUAUGAUGAUAAAAAAUUAUUUUCAAAAAAAUUAAAGUCAAGAGGUAUUUUAACUUUUGAAUCAGAUUUAAUUCCAUGUACUUUAGACCAAUUUCUUCAAAGUGAACCAAAUAGUAUUUUAAAUGGAGACAAAGCUAUGUCUAUAAUUUCACAAGUGUGGAUGGCUUUAAAUUCAAUUAGAAAUGUUUCUGAUUAUAUUAAAGUAUAUUCAUUGCAUCCAUCUAAUAUUGUUAUAUCAAUUAUACCUGGAAGUAAUCCACCAAUGUAUCAAAUCCAAUUAAUGAAUUAUAUUCCAUUAAUUUUUACUCAAACAUUUUCUUUAGAACAAAAGAUGUUUAUUUCACCAAGUCAAUUAAAAAUUCUUGCUAAAGAAGGAAAUGGAAAUAAUACUGAUUGUAAAGCUGAUCUUUUUACAUUUGCAUUACUUAUAACAAAAUUAUGGACAGGUAAAUUACCAUAUUCACCAAAAGUUACAUUAAGGUCAUUAAUAGAAAAUUCUAUUGGACAGUGUAUCCGUUUUCCAGAAUUUAAAAAUCCAUUAGUUAGAAGAUUAGUUGAAAUGAUUUUAUUAAAAAACGUAAGUUGGGACUAUACUUAUGAAGAUGAAUAUUUAAAACUUGCUCGUAAAGCAACUUUUUUGGAAUUUAGAAGUAAACCUGAAGAUUUUGAAAUUAUUGAAAGUAUUGGGGAAGGAACAUCUGCAGUUGUUUAUCAAGCAAUUCAAAAUACUCGUAGAGGUGAGCGUGUUGUUGCAAUUAAAGAAAUGCUAAUAAAUGGUGGAGAAAUGGAGUAUAUUCAAAAUGAAGUUGAUAUUAUGGCAUUAUGUCAACAUCCUAAUGUCAUUCAAAUGUAUGACUCAUUUGUUCAAUUGAAAAGUUUUAUAGGAUCACAAAAAGGAAAUUAUGCAGAAAUUAUUAUUGAAUUUUGUGAUGGAGGAACAUUACAAAGUUUUUUUGAGAAAUCCUAUCCAGUUGAUCCAUUUCCUGAUUAUUUAAUGAUACAUACAUUAUCAGAAAUAUUAAAAGGAUUAUGGUAUCUUCACAGCGAACAUCAUAUUGUUCAUCGUGAUUUAAAACCAGAAAAUAUUUUAUUAAAAGUUGAUCCAAAUAAUCCUCGUAUACCUUUAAUUAAAAUUGCUGAUUUUGGAUUAUCUAAAAUUGUUGAAAACCAUCAAAUGAUGAAAAGUUAUGUUGGAACUCCUGUUUUUAUGGCACCAGAAGUAUUUAAUGGAGUUCAAUAUAAUUAUAAAUGUGACUUAUGGUCACUAGGAGGAUUACUUUAUUUCUUACGUACUCACACUUAUCCACUUAGUGCUAAUAGACAAAGGUUUAUAGAAAAUAUACGACAUCAGGUUGUACCGAUAUAUGACGAUAACGUAUGGAAAACAAUUCCAGGUAUUAAACGAAUUAUAAAGAGUCUUAUUGUUUAUAACCAAGAUAAAAGAUAUAGUUGGCGAGAUAUUCAUAACGAUCCAUUUGUGAAGCAAAUUCUUGAAGAGGAUAGGGUUGUUAGAGAUUAUUCCAAGUUAUAA